AUGAAGAGUUGGAUGGCACAGUUAUUUCAGCAAAAUAUUGAAGCAAUGGAAGAUAGGCUUCAGAAACAGAUGGCUGAGAGAUUUGAGAAGAUGCAGUCUGAGCUGAAAGGGUCACUUAAGGUUGGAGGAGGCCAACUUGAUCAUGGAGUGGCAUCCCCGAGGAAGUCAUCCCCAAGCAAGCCAUCGGCAAGCAAGGCGACCACAAGCAUGCCAUCACCUAGCAUGCAAUCACCUAGCAAGCCAACUCUGAGGAGAUCCGAGCGCGUGGAUGGCAGUUUCAGUGAGGGAGUAGAUAUGGACUUCGAUGUAGAGAUAGGUACCCAAGGCGUAGAAGGGCUUUCUCAGGCAUCAUUUGUGCCCGGAUUUGAUCCAUCGCAGACCAAUAGGGAAGACGUGACACGUGAUUUUUGGACUCCAUUGACCUCACUUCGACCUCCAGUAACUGUGGCAAAGGAAGGUAGUUCAGCUCCACCGCCUAGAAGGUGGGAGAAGUGGUACAAAGGAGGAGUUAAAACACUCCAGCUCAGUGAUUCACCACUUCCUGAAGAUGCUUCUCCGGAGUCCCCGUUGUAUUAUGUUGCAGAAGACACAUGGACCAGAUUCAGUGAAUGGUCUAUGAGUCCAAAAACUUUACAUAUUGGUUUUACAGCCUUCAACAUGACCAUAGCUACAUGGAUUAUUGCAGCUGGAAAAUGGCUUGGAAAUGAGGAAAUGGAUGCGUUUAUGUAUAUGUGGCGAGAGAAGACAUCUCUGCGGCGUUGGAACGUAGACCGCAUUGCUUUCAUGACAGCUACGUUCUGCCUGCAAAUCGACACAGCAUAUCACAAGUUUACUCGUAACAAAAAGAAGUAUCAGUUGCCCGAGUUUCUUCUUGCUUACGGUAGAGGAGAGCUUCCAGCUUAUGGGCGGACUAACAAAACUUGGGGUGUUGAUGUUGAUAAACUGUACUUCCCAUUGUUUGUGAAUGGUAACCAUUGGAUUGCAGUGUGCGUGAACAUCAUUGAGAAAAGAGUGGAUGUUUAUGAUUGCUUUCAAGGGAAGAAUAGGCAACACGUUGAGAAGUUUGCUGUGAUGAUUCCACGCAUAGUGAAAGGUGUUGCUCUUCCUGAAGAGAAGAAGCACCUUCUGCUGGAAAAAUACACCAUCCACGACAUUCCUUUGAAGUCUAGGUUGAACAAGUCUUGUGCGGAUUGUGGGGAGUAUGCACUCAAACACUUGGAAUGCCUCUUGCUUGGUCUAGAUCUCGGUUUGGUUGAUGAUGAAAUCAUCAUGGGUUGUCGACAGAAGAUUGUUGUGGAUAUAUGA